AUGGGUAGAAAAUCAGAGAAACGGAUUGCAAAGAGCAAAGACUACAGAAAGAAGAACAAAAAGGCACUAUCGCCGAAGGAUGUCAAAAAAACAAAAAUACAAAUACAUAAGAUGAAUCGAGAUGAUUCGCUAACUUCAGACAUAUUCAAUGUUGACAAAUAUAACACGAGGGUGCGAGAGACACCAUCCAAUAUCAAAGCGCUGAACGCAAAGGUGCUGCAGAAGGAUCAACAAAAGGACAAGGAAGUUCAGGAUAGAAUCAUAGCUCAGAGAAAAGAUAUGAGUGACAACUUAACGAAACAAAUUGAGGAAUUGUCGGUAUUUUCGCUAUGA